AACAGGCAAAACUUUUCAACAUGCCUCAGUUGGACUCGUUUUCGGCAGGGUCCUCACCUACGGGGUCUAAAUUAGAUGCCAGGGUAAAAGUGCGUAUGGCUCGUCUACAGUGGGAGAAGGAGGAGCGUGAUAGGGAUUUUCAGCUCAGGAGGGAGCUGGAGAUCAGGAAGUUGGAGCUGGAGAUCAGGAAGUCGGAGCUGGAGAUCAGGAAAGUGGAGGCAGACACUGCUGUCCGGAUGCGUCAGUUAGAGCUUCAGGCAGCUGGGGGGGGUGAUUCUGCCGUUACAUCUUCUGGUCCUGCUGCCUCCUUCGACGUGAGUAGGCAUAUUUCUUUGGUCCCUGUGUUUCGUGAAUCAGAAGUGGAAAUCUAUUUUGGUGCAUUUGAGCGCAUUGCUGCUGCUCUGCGCUGGCCAGAAGACGUGUGGGCUAUUCUUUUACAGUGCAAGCUAGUCGGCAAGGCUCAAGAGGCUUGCUCUUCUCUUUCUGUCGAGGAUAGUUUAGUGUAUGAGAAUGUUAAAGGUGCAAUUCUCAGGGCAUAUGAGCUUGUGCCUGAGGCCUACAGGCAGCGGUUUCGCGGCCUGAAGAAAACUUCUGGCCAAACUUACGUGGACUUCGCGAGGGAGAAGAAAGUCCUCUUUGACAGGUGGUGUAGAGCUUGUAAAGCUGACGACAUUACUUCAGUGUGUGAGCUAAUGAUGUUAGAGGAGUUUAAAAACUGUGUACCUGAGCGUACGGUAGUCUACCUGAAUGAGCAGAAAGUAACUACACUUCAGCAGGCUGCCACUCUGGCAGACGAGUUUGCACUGAUACACAAGAGCGUUUUUUUUCAGCGUGACCCUCCUCAGCGAGACACUUAUCGUAGAGCUCCUGACAAUUACGUUCCCUGUUCCAGUGUUAGAUCCCAGGCUAAACAGAGCUUGUUUUUUUUGUCAUGACCCAGGUCAUGUGAUAGCAGACUGUGCAGGUUGGAAGCGAGAGCAGACAGCGGCUGGCAAGCACCCAGAAGGGGUGGGAUUGGUUACAGCAGUGUGUCAUAGUGGACGGGCCACUGUUAACAAAGGGCCUGAUGAGUGUUUGAAACCGUUCAUCUCUACUGCUUUUGUCUCUCUGUCAGGAAAAGUGGAGGACCAGCGGCAGGUCACGGUGUUACGAGACAGUGGUGGCUCACAGUCGUUCAUUCUUGCCAGUGUCCUGCCCUUGAGUGCUGAGUCUGCCUGUGAGGCAAGUGCGGUGGUAAGAGGUAUUGGGAUGGGUUGUGUGCCUGCACCUCUUCACAAGAUCCAGGUACAGUCUAAACUGGCUACUGGUUUCUUUCCAGUUGCUGUGCUGCCCAAGUUUCCUGUCGACGGAGUGGAUUUCAUAAUGGGUAACGAUAUAGCCGGGGGUAAAGUGUAUCCUACUGCUGAGGUUGUAGACGUUUCAGUCCCUGGUGCUGCAGGUGGUGACCUAGCUCAGACUCAUC